AUGUCGAGCGAAGACGUGAUCGAGGAAAACAACGCGUUGUGGAAGUUGUUUCGACACGCCGGAGACUCGGGAGGCGUGUGUAGCGAUAUUUGUUUCCAACACAUUCUUCCGAGAUUGAAUGCGACUGAUAUCAAAUUCUUGUACGAGGUGAAUCCGGAGACGAGAAAGUUGAUUAAGAUAUCGUAUCGCGCGAGUGAUUUGAGAAGGAAGUUUGAGGUCGAAGAGAUGUCGUCGAUAUCGACUUUGGAAGUUGCGUGGGAGCAUUAUCCGUGGGGUGGUAGGGGUUUUCUGGGAAAAGAGAUGGACGAACCAUAUUUCUGCGAUAAAGUUGCUCGAACGAAUAAACUCGAGUUGCUCAAGUGGAUACGAGAGGAGAAAAAGUGCGAGUGGGAUGAAGAGACGAUUUCAAUCGCAGCACGUCAAGGUAAUCUAGAAAUGUUAAAGUAUUGCGUGGCAAAUGAGUGUCCUAUGUAUGAGGACGCGUGUGCAUAUGCUGCCAAAAACGGUCAUCUCGAGUGCCUCAAAUACUUACACGAAGAAGUCAAAGCGCCUUGGGCUUGGGGUACUGCCGCUUGGGCGGCUUUAAAGGGUCAUCUUCACAUACUCGAAUAUCUUGUUGAGCGUAAAUUUGAUCAAUAUAACGAAUGGGCGUGUGCGAAUGCAGCCGAGAACGGUCACUUCGACUGUUUGAAGUACUUGCACGAAACCGCCAAAGCGCCUUGGGACGAAGAAGCUGUACAAGAAGCGCACGAGAACAAACACACUGAAUGUGUACAAUACCUCCUCGACAACGACUGCCCAUUACCAGAUGGUUGGCGAUACGAACAUGGAGAGCUACACACGAUUUAA